AAUUCCAUUUCAAUUCGAAAUACGUAUUUAAGUUAAUUUUUUGUCAAUUAUGGACUAAGUACUUGAGGAACGGCGACGCGUUCGUAGUUCGCAACCAGAUGUGAUAGCGUGCGGCAGACAGAACCUAAUACAGAGCUAAGCAACAACUAAGCGAUUCACUUUUUAUUAGACAGAACGCGAGCAAAGUAACUUCAACCCAGUUCCGGAAGCUCAAAGUGCGCGCGCAAUCGACGCAUACGCGAACGAAUUUGAAUUAAUUUCAGAGACACCUGUUGACCCCGCUAGAGACAGUAAAAUGGAUUUUUUGCUGCGUUUAAUUGGGUUCUUGGUAACAUGGAUUGGCAUGACUGUAAAUAGAUUACUAGAUAUAUUCAUGCUUGCGCGCAAGAGUCCGGACUAUCCGCCUAUAACGAAUCCGCUGCUGACCAAAUCGGUUAUUGAGCUAAGUGCAGCAUUGCGACGUGGUCAGCUUACAUCAGUUAAGUUGGUUAACGCGUAUAUAGCACGUGUAAUUGAAGUCAAUCCCUCGCUGAAUGCGGUUAUUGAAGAGCGUUAUGAUGCGGCACUGAAAGAGGCGCAACAUGCGGAUGAGCUCAUAACUAGAGCAAGCACGGAAUACGAUCGCGUGGCGCUGUUCACACGUUAUCCACUGCUGGGCAUACCCUUCACCGUCAAGGAAUCGUGCGCACUUAAAGGUCUCUCCUUUACGGUGGGCAGCGUUCUGCGCAAGGACAUGAAAGCGCCUAUGGAUGGCGAAGUGGUUGCAUUAAUGCGCGAAGCUGGCGGCAUACCCUUGUUAGUCUCUGCCACGCCUGAGUUCUGCAUGAGCUUGGAAACCAACACAAUUGUCAAUGGCCGCUGCGUCAAUCCGUAUAACUUGGCACGCACCUCAGCGGGCUCGUCCGGGGGCGAAGGCGCCUUAAACGGUUGCGGUGCCACAACGUUUGGCGUGGGCUCUGACAUCAGCGGUUCAAUACGGUUGCCAGCUAUGUUUUGUGGCGUUUUUGGGCACAAGCCCACUGGUGGACUCACCUCAGUCAAAGGUCACUUUCCGUACUCUCUGACGGAUCCAAAUUUCAACUACUAUCUGCAGCUUGGACCCAUAACACGCUUUGCACGUGACAUGCCGCUACUGCUAGAGAUUAUGGCGGGCGAUAAAAAGCAGCAAUUAAGAAUGAGUGAGCAGGUGCCGCUUAAGGAAAUCAAAAUCUACUAUGCAUAUGGCUACUCAGGACUGAAUGCGCUAACACAUCCCAUUGUGGAUGACGACAUAAAGAUUUCACUGAUGCGUGCUGUUAAAUGUUUCGAGCAAGCUGGUCUACACACUGAGAAGCUUGAUCUUAAAUUCCUGAAGAAUUCCAUGGAAGUGUCUUUAGCUGGUCUGAUUGAUUUGAAGGGUUUUCCCAGCAUUGUUACGCAGCAAUCAGAUCGUUUUCCAAAGAUGCGUAUGCUCAUUGUGGAGAUGUUCAAUAGCAUCAUUGGUCACUCGCUUUUUACCAAGGAGGCGAUGUUUGCGGAGCUAAUGCAUCGAUUGCAUGGCUUCAUGUCUAACAGCAAUAAGGAAAAGUAUCUUCGGGAGGCCGCUGUAAUUAAAGCACAUCUGACUGAACUUUUGGGUGAUCGUGGUGUGCUGUUCAUGCCCACAUUCCACACCACCGCCUUGGCCUUUCACACUACGGCGCUGAACCUCACUGGCGUCGACAAUCUCUUGCUCUUCAAUGUGCUUGGAUUUCCAGCUACACACGUGCCAAUGGGCUUAAAUUCACAAGGCAUGCCUGUAGGAUUUCAGGUUAUAGCAGCGCCCUACCAAGAUAGGCUUUGUCUUCAAAUUGCUGCCGAAUUGGAGGCCGUCUUUCAUGGUUGGGUGCCGCCGCUUAAACACCAAUUUAAUGACUAAAAACAGUAACAGUUUUUUAGCAAUUUUAGGGAUACGGUUAGAGUUUAUCUUAAAAGAAACAGACUUUAAAUAAAGUUGAACACAGUUGAAUUUAAAUUCGAACCAAAAAGUAUCGAUUCUAUUUCGAUAAGCAGUUAUCAACUGAAAGCCCUUAAUGUUAUGUUACGUUAACGUAAUGUUAAAUGCCUGUUAGGUGGCGCGCGCUUUAAUUUUUAACACGCUGUCAUCCACUAUAUGAAAAAGUAAACAAGAGCAACAAGUGUAAA